AUGGCAACUGUUGAUAUCGCAAAAUAUAAACGCAUCGUACAGGGUCUGUUCGAUCCGGAGCCGAGAAAUGAUGAUAUCUCGGGGUCUGCUAUAUGGUGCCUAGGGGCUGAGUACCCAUCGAGACCGUCCAGGAAUGGUACGAACAAUUCUUCAUCACCAAUUGGUGGACAUACCCCAUGUAUCAUGCCGGAUAAGACAGCUACAGACAAGCUGAAAGAGGACGCGAGCCCAGGGGAACUAUCAAAAGUAACAGGGCUCAAGGAGGGUGACGAAGCAGGAAGAGAAACACCAGAUAUCACGUGGCCUACGGAAUUUCUUGAUGAUUGUGAAUCACGCAUCUGGUUCACCUACCGUUCGAGUUUCCCUCCUAUCGUGAAGUCGCCGGAUGCUACCAUGACGUUAGCAGUACGAUUCAGGAGUCUUGCCGACAAGCAAGGGUUUUCGUCCGACACAGGCUGGGGUUGUAUGAUUCGGUCAGGACAAUGCCUACUCGCAAACGCUUUGUCUGUCCUUCGCCUUGGGAGAGAGUGGAGACGCGGCACUCGUCACGAAGAAGAGAAGCAGCUUCUCUCACAAUUUGCAGAUGAUCCUAGCGCUCCAUUCUCCAUACACAAAUUUGUCGAGCAUGGCGCACGAGCAUGUGGUAAACAUCCUGGGGAAUGGUUCGGCCCAUCUGCAACUGCUAGAUGUAUACAAGCUCUCUCGAAUGCCGACCCUCUCUCGGGCUUGAAAGUCUAUGUCAAUGGGGAUGGUGCUGAUGUGUACGAGGAUACCUUUCUAAGCAUCGCUGGGUCAGACACUGGCAAAUUUACGCCUGUCUUAAUUCUUGUCGGAGUCCGCCUCGGUAUCGACCGUAUUACGCCGGCGUAUUGGGACGCUCUAAAGGCUUCUCUUGAACUUCCGCAAUCGAUUGGUAUAGCUGGCGGUAGACCAUCAUCUUCACAUUACUUUUUUGCGCACCAAGGAGACCAGAUAUUCUACCUAGACCCCCACUUCACACGGCCUGCUCUGCCCUUUCGCUUGGACCCCGCAAGGUAUACCGCUGAAGAAGUCGAAUCAAGUCAUACAAGGAGACUCCGCAGGUUGCAUUUGAAGGAUAUGGACCCAAGCAUGCUGCUUGGUUUUCUUAUCAGAGAUAGGACAGACUGGGAUAGAUGGCGAGAAGCCCUCAAGACUUUGCCAAGUAAGCCUGUUGUCCACAUAGCCGAUAAGGAGCCGAUCUUGUAUGAACAAGGAGUCGAGAGGCCGAGUGCGUUGGCAGAGGUUGAAACCUUGGAUGACGAAGCGGAAGAAGAUGAUCACGGGGAGAUGAUAGAGCAUCCGUCAAGUUAA